GGAUUUAUUUCGAAAUCAAUUACAGCUUUUCAAGGAAUCACGUGAGUCCGUGUGCUUACUGAUGCUCCUCGAGACGCGAUGACCUUUUUCUCUUCGUCGUCUCUUCCAUGCUGUCUCCCUUCUUUCCCCAGUCCCCAUUUCCCAUCUAAUGACCCAGCCAUCCAAUCCUCGCUCGAGCCUCGUUAUUUAAAUUUUGACACCCUCCAGAAAAAGACACCAUCCGUAUUUUCCAUUCCCUACACCUUCACAAGUUUCACGUAUCUCAUACAGGCAAUUCCGAACCAUCGGGUCACACCAAGAUACCAUACUAGCACUUUUAGCGUUGCAUAUACUUUCCAGCUUUCAAGGUCACUGCAUUUCCUUGCUUCCUUGCAUCCAUUCCUACGAUGUGCGAUGUACAGCAUUCUCCCCAAUUCAUCGAUACCUUGGACGAUCAAUUUCCAUGCCCAUUCGCUCGUUGGACUUCGUGAGAUGAACUAUUUUCAUAAGCGUGAAGUAUUUACAACCAAAUGGAUUUAGAGAGAUCCCAAUUCUCUAGCAAGAACUCCUAUGAAAAGAGACUCCAAAGUACAGCAGCCUUACUUUCUUUCUUUUUAUCACGGCCAACAUGUUGAAGGGAUACCUAAACCUUGUCAUUCUCAUCUGUGCAAUGAGUGGUCCGGGGAAGCAGGGAUAUAAACAGCGUCUCUGUCGAUAUCUCAUCUCAGCUCGUGUAUUGGGAAUAGAUUGAAUGCUGCUUUAUUUGUACUUCCAUGCAACAAACCUACAAAUAUCUAACUCUCAGGCCUGAUAUAGGGAUUGAAGCCCAACAUCACCACCUAUAUGACUCCGUUUGCUUCAUCAGACAGCGAGAUGACGUUCAUUGGAUACAGAAAGAAAGCCCCGUAAUCCUUGGUUUCCCCUUCCAAGCCAACUCUUCACAUCCAUACCGAUAUACCUACCGACAUACAUAAUUGUCUCACCGAAAAAACAAAAUUUGCUUGAACCUCUCAUGCAGCCUCCCUGACUCUACUGCUGCAGACGGCAAAAGCUUCCAAUGGCAUGUUAAAACCAAACCAGGCAGCAAUUAGAACUAAGGCCAAAUCAUGGAGAGUCACCUGUUUUGGUGUAGGCUUCGCACACUUAUGCAAUCACUCUAUCCUGGUCAAUCGCGUCUUCCGGUCCUAGAACGCGUUAGUCCGUUGAUUGCCUAUGAAUACAUAUAUAAAGUGGCCGCCCACUUCUCAUGAGAGCUGUCUUUCUUUCAAUCAAUGAGGCGCAAUUAAUAUCUCGGGUCAAAUUCUUCAUCGAUUGAUAUCACGAACGUUCAUUUUCUGUUUGUGUGGUAGAAUACAGCGUCGUGAUCUUCAAUCGAUCUUCUCGCAGACUUCAUUUUAAUUAGCAACCGACCGAGAAUGUUUACGAAAAGCUUCAAUAAAUCACAAACAACAGAGAGUUUUUCAAGAAGUCGUCGUCAUAAAGGAAAGUCUUCAUUUAGAGAACAUGCAGUAUCAAAGCAUCGUCAUGAGAAAACUACUCGUAAACCUCCAACUGAGCAAAUUUCUUCUCCCAACACAUUGACCUCAUCCAUAAUUACUAUUGUCGUCGGUCGCGAACAAAGACUCUUUGCUGCUCACGAGGAUGUCCUCUGUCUAUCCUCUUUCUUUCAAUCCGCCUGCCGAAACCAGUACAUGGAAACGAUUAACAAACGCAUUACACUUCCCGACGAAGAACCCGAGAUAUUUUCCUCCGUACUCGAAUAUUUAUACAAAGGAGAUUAUUAUCCUCGACUCGUACAUAACAAACGCAAAAACACAUGGGAACUGGAAAGUGGUGAUGGAGAUGGAAAGGAAUCGACUAUUCAUCAUCAUUCUAUUGAUGGCGAACUGUUGAAGGAUACAGUAAUUUAUUGUGCGGCAGGAAAAUAUGGGUUAGAGGAACUUCAACGAUUGGCAUUGAGAAAACAGGGGCUUCAAUCGGGUAUUCAAUGCAGUACCAUUCUCUCAUCGGCUCGUUACGCAUAUGCGAAUACGCCCGAUACCGACUCGAAACUGCGAGCUCAUUAUCUGGCUCUCAUUAUCAGAAGUCGAAGCACAUUCAAAAGAAGUGGGACGAUGCAAUUGGAAAUGUUGCAGGGAGGCUCACCGUUGUUUUUUGACUUGUUUGUUGCUUUGGCUAAUCAUGUUGAUGAUGUUGUUGCUGCUUCACCAAAAAGUUUCAGGACUCAUUGAGUUGUAGUUGCAACUCACAUCUUACUCAAGCCAACUCAACACCGCACAACCUUCUUUCCUAACGGAUGUCGCACCAGGACAUGACACUCCUUCUGAUGAUAUCUCCAUUUCUCUCCUCUUCACCUCACUUCACUUCACUUACCUACCUUCUUCCAUGAAAAUUCGCACAGGCGUUGCGUUUACAUUCUUCUUCUACCCCUAACACAAUUUUGACCCCUUUGGUUUCAAUUUACCUCGAUUAUAACUCAUGAUACUUCACCGUUUAUUUCACAUAACGAACAUUAACUCCUGUUCUCUUUUGAUACCAUGGCGUUAGACUUAGCCUUUUCCCUUCUUCUUUUUCAUUUUGAUGAUGAUUCCUAUUCUGUUGUUUUUUUCACAUUGGGUUCUUUUUCUUUGGCAUAACCUUUCAUCACGACUUGCCAACACCGCCGAGAUGGCGAUAUGAACGAAUGGAAAGACGGGAACACGGCGAGUACCCGCGGGCGCCUCAUGUAUAAUUAUUAUUCUUGUGCUAACUAUUUUUAUGAUUGUUGUUUUUCCUGUCUUGUUAUUUGAAUAUUUUGUUUCAUUUCGUUUUACAAAUUGGGCACUUCAUCAUUCUAUCAAGUAUGUAGGGAAAGCAGGACAGGACGGGGAAAGGAGGAACAUAUCAAAUUGACAGGACAGAUCAAUGAAUGUGAGAGGACGAGAUGAUGAAUUGGAUGAGGGGAUGGGACUGUAUUAUUUAUUUAUCUUCUGUUCUUGAUGCUUUCUUACUCUUACUCUGGGGAUUUUCAUUUAUGUCAUCUAUCUAUUGCGCUACUUUAUCUUUAUGUUAUGUUAGAUUCUUAGGAGCGGGGGGUCAUCCUAUGCACACUAUUCUUACGAUGGAAGAGAGGAUGGAAAUAAGAUACGAUAGCAAGAAAAGCAAACCAAAAUGGCAUUCGAGUUUGCAAAUCAGAACGCGAGGCGAUGAGGAAUUGGAAAGGGGAACUAGAUUUCGUGAUUUUAGUCUUGGGUUUGGGUUUAGGGUUGGAUUUGAUAAUAUUGAUAGAUAUUGAGUUAUUGUCUAUGGGAAUAAUAUGUGGAUAUACAUAUGGAUAGGGAUACGAGACGGAAUUAGUAUUAGUAUUAGUACUGAUCCUCAGUUUAUCAAGUAUUAAUAUCAAUCUAUCAAUUAUUCA